AACGUAUUACACAGCACUUUUAACUGCAAAAGAUAUUCUGUUUUCAUGCCAGUCCCUAAAAGUGCCAUUUCUACACUGUCAUUCAGUUUGCUGUUUUUGUUAAUAUAUAUUUUCCUAUCAAGAGGAGAUCUGUUUUGUUUAUAUUGUACUAAAAUUUUUGUCCUGAGAAUAGAUAACACCAAAAUAAAAAUGAUAUAAAAUAAUGUUUUCUAACCUGCAGAUUCUUGACAUAGGAGUGAAACUGAGUUAACAAUGGAGCCAUCAGAAGAAUUUUUGUUCAAACAUAAAGGAUUUUAUUUCCUGCCAGACCUUGUUACACAUGAAUACAUAGAUUCACUGGAGGAUUUUGAAAUAGACAGUGAUGUAUUUGUUGUUACUUAUCCAAAAUCAGGAACUGUGUGGACACAGAAUAUUUUGAGCUUGAUUUAUCAUGAAGGCCAUCGAGAUGGAACAGAAAAUAUGGAAAUAAUAGACAGAGUCCCAUGGCUGGAAUAUAACAUACGUAAUAUGGAUUAUGUUCAUCGUCCAUCACCUCGUCUCUUUGCUACUCACCUGCCGUACUAUUUAGUUCCAAGAGAUCUGAAGAACAGGAGAGCAAAAGUUAUUUAUGUAGCCAGAAACCCAAAAGAUGUUGUGGUUUCCUAUUUUCAUUUUUCCAACCUUUUACUCAAACUUGAGACAAUACCAGAUUUUAAUAUUUUUCUGGAGAGGUUUCUAGCUGGGAAAAUUCUGGCUGGCUCCUGGCUGGAUCAUAUCAGAGGCUGGUCCACCCACAGGGAUGACUUCAAUAUUCUCUUCCUUACCUAUGAGGAGAUGAAGGAUCUCAGAGGCGCUGUGCUGGAAAUCUGCAAAUUCUUAGGAAAGCAGCUAAAUGAAAAAGAGUUGGAUGUUGUUGUGGAAAAGUCUACAUUUGAUCAAAUGAAAACUGAUCCCAGGACAAACUACGAGUCCACACUAGGCAAUCUCCUGGAACGAGGCAAAAGACAUUUUCUUCGCAAAGGGAUCGUUGGAGACUGGAAGAACACAAUGACUGUGGCACAGAACGAAAGGUUUGACAAUGUUUUUAAGGAGAAAAUGAAAGACUUGUCUUCCAUGUUCAACUGGGAUACUAAUGAUGACAUACAGGCUGGUUUCCAGUUGGAAAGAGGUGAAAGUGCACUAAAGAGAAUGAAAGUAUGUGUUUGUCUCCAAUGUUCAUAAAAAUUCAUCAUUCUGUGCAAAUUAAAGAUUUU